UCGGGAUGCUGCUGCGGGUGCGCGCUGCCGUGGCGCAGUUGGCGGCGGGGCUCGGUGCGGGGACGGGAGCGCAGCACCCAGCGGAGCCCCGGAGCGGCGGGGCCGGGAGCGGGAGCGGGGCCGGCCGGGGAUCGCCGCCGCCUGCCGCCUUCUGCCGGCCGGCCUUCCUGCAGCUGACCCCCGAGGAGCUGCGCCGCGCCGAUGACCACACGGGAAGGGCGGUGCAGAGCCCCCGGGACGGGCGCCGCCGCCUGCCCUGGAGCACGGGAUACGCAGAGGUGAUAAAUGCAGGGAAGAGCCAGCACAAUGAGGAUCAGGCAUGCUGUGAAGUGGUGUUUGUGGAACGGAGGCACAGCCCAAGGGCUUGGCUAUCGUCCAGGGAAGGCAGCGGGGAGCUGGAUGGGGGCAGGAAGGGUUUUUAUUUCCACUACUGGGCCCUGUUCGAUGGCCAUGCGGGCAGCGGUGCUGCUGUCAUGGCAUCCGAGAGGCUCCACCUGCACAUCUGCGAGCAGCUCCGGGACCUGGUGGAGAUCCUGCAGGACCCCUCCCCACCUCCCAUCUGCCUCCCGCACGAUGCAAACACCAACUCUGCAGAUCCAAACCGGGUGUCCUUUACAGAGGACCAGGGGGAGGUCCCGAACGAUGCUGCGCCACGGUUUCACCUGGAGAAAGCUGUGUCCCAUGAGAGCCUGGUGAUCGGUGCCAUUGAGAACGCCUUUAAGCACAUGGAUGACCAGAUUGAGCAGGAGCGGGCAUCCCAGCACCUGGCCGGGGGCUGCUGYGCCCUGGCUGCCAUCUACCUCAUGGGCAAGUUCUACGUGGCCAACGCCGGUGACAGCAGGGCCAUUAUCAUCCGUAAUGGGGAAAUCAUACCAAUGUCCAGGGAGUUUACUCCAGAGACAGAGAGGCAGAGGCUGCAGUUUUUAGCAUUGCUGAGGCCCGAGCUGCUGGGGAAGGAGUUCACUCUCCUGGAGUUCCCCCGCAGGAUCCAGCCCAAGGAGCUGGGGAAGAAGAUGCUCUACAGGGACCAGAACAUGAAUGGCUGGGCUUACAAAAAGAUAGAAGAGGAUGACCUGAAGUUUCCACUUAUCUAUGGGGAAGGCAAAAAGGCUCGAAUGAUGGCCACAAUUGGGGUCACGAGAGGCUUGGGAGACCACGACCUCAAGGUGUUCAGCUCCAACAUCCACAUCAAGCCUUUCCUGUCCUGCUUCCCAGAGGUCAGGGUUUAUGAUCUCACGCAGUAUGAGCACUGCCCCGAUGAUGUUCUGGUGCUGGGCACGGACGGGCUCUGGGAUGUCACCAAUGACAAGGAGGUGGCUGCUGUGGUGAUGGAGGUGCUGACGAGCUAUGAGCCCAAUGACCCGUGCAGGUACACCAUGGUGGCCCAGGAGCUGGUGGUGCGCUCACGGGGGGUGCUGAAGGAGCGGGGCUGGCGCCUGGCCAACGACAAGCUGGGCUCUGGUGAUGACAUCUCUGUUUUUGUGAUCCCUCUGGGUGGCCCGGGGAACUACACGUGAUGCUGAGUGAGCCCUGGGCAGUGGCUCACCUUGUGUGGAUGGAGGAGUGGGACACUCACGCUGCCUCAGGGCCACCUCUCCUUUGAGCACUUCUUUCCUGAGCCAACUGUAAGAAGAGUAAGAAACCUGGAGCCUCAUUCUGUGCCCUAUCUAGAGCAUCUCCUUCUACCUGCUUGCAUCCAGUCCCAGGUGGAGAAGGAGAGGCCUUGGAUAGAGAGUGAGGACUGGGUUGAGGAAUGUUUUUGUGCUGCUACUUUCUGGAUGCUGUGAAAAGCCUGGAGACUCCUUGGCACCUGCACACGUCUAUUGCCCCUUGUUCUGGCUCCAGCCCCWGUGAGAGCUGUGGGGCUGCUGGGRCACUCAAACCUGCUGCAGUCACCUCUGCCUCCUGCCCUGUGAUGCUUUCCCAGUGACACUGAGGCUGCUGUUGGAGCUGGGGCUCAGAUGGGAUGGGACAGAAUAAAACCUCACUGGCAGCUGGGCAAUGCUCAGCUGGCACAAAUCCAGUUGUAGCCCUAACAAUGGCCAUUCCAGCCUUGUGCUCCCAAUUUCCAGCCCCUCACACCUUCAUUCCAUCACCUCUCUUGUGUCUGUCUCGUGUCUGGGAGAUUGGAGCAGUGACCAAGCUCUGCUGUGYCCCCAGAGCCUGAGGAGGGAUGAGCCAUUGCACUGUGCUUGUGCCACAGGUUCUACCCCAUCCUCUCAUGCCUUGGAUCACUGCAGUGCUUCUGAGCCAAUUAUUUAUUUACUGGAGAGCUGAGCUGGAAAGCAUCUAAAUCCUUUCUUGGUGUGGAGAGUCUAUGAAUGGAUGCAUAUUUUGGAGUGGUUCUGAGUUAGCAGCCUCACACAGAGCAACCCUAUUCAGGGGAGCUUAACAGCUUAAUACCCUGGAUCUGCUUAGCCCAGGGCUGGGAAUCCACAGGAAAAGCAGCUUGGUGUGACCAGGGCAGGGGAAGACAGCGCCUGCUUUUCCCUAAAGAUCUCAAAGCUGGUGCAGAGAGGGGCUGCAGCGGUUGAUCUCUGCACAGGAUUUUGCAUCACACACAUCUCUGACCUGGAGCAUCCAUUCCCCAGASCUCUGCAGUGUGUUGCAUCCUCCUCAGAUGUGAGGGAGUGUCCCACCCCGACAUUGUGGAGAUGGGGAGAGCUGGGCCAUGGUCCUUUGWUUGGGAAAGGGACAAGUAGUUCGUGUCUUGUCACUGGAUGCAGUCAGCUCYUGUCAAGUGUCACCUCUGGUGAAUGUUGUUUGUUUCCUGUAACCAGUGAGAUGGAAAUAACCUGGGUGCACAUAAUGGAAAGUGGAAAUUAURCAGCGAGAUUUCAACCUGUUGGCAUCCAUGCUGAAGGGAACAGGGAGUGGGGCUGAGAGCAUGUCCUUGUGUAG